AUGACGGAAGUUCCACCAGAGCUUUUGCAGGCAUUAACGAAUAUGCUAACUAGCGCAUUGCAAACGUCGGCAGCGAAUAUAACAGCCGGCACUUCCACAAAUCUCUCGGGAUCGACAGGUCAGGCGAAGAUACCGACAUUUUCCAUGACCGAGUAUCGCUCUUCGGAAGAUACCACCGUAGAGGACUACUUCAAGCGCUUUAAAUGGGCUCUGCAGUUAAGUAAAAUCCCAGAUGAUUUAUAUUCUAAUUACGCACGUGUUCAUAUGGGCACGGAACUAAAUAAUGCGUUAAAAUUUCUGAUUUGUCCACGGCAACCCGAAGAUUUAACAUACGAGGAAAUUAAAACAACGCUUAUCAAUCACUAUGACCGCGCAAAGAAUAAGUAUGCCGAAAGCAUUAAAUUCCGACACAUAGUACAACAAAAAGGCGAAACAGUCGCUAAUUUCGUUCUACGUCUGAAACAGGGCGCCGCUCACUGCGAAUAUGGUACAUUUUUAGAUAGAAUGCUGAUCGAACAAAUGCUACAUGGUCUUGAAUCCAGAGAGAUGUGUGACGAAAUCAUUGCGAAGAAGCCAACUACAUUCACAGAAGCGUACGAGGUCGCUAACGCGUUGGAAGCAGCACGUUGCACGGCGGACGAAGUCAAGAAAACAGGAUCUACAGCCACAUCAGAGCAGACAAAUAAAAUAGGUUAUACGCCAAAUAGAACGAAACAAGGCAAAAAGUUUGCUCGACAUAGAUCACAAUCUCGUGAGCAGAGACAGCAACAAAACACGUAUGAUAAGACACAAAAAAGCACACGUUACAAUAACAAUUAUUCAGCGUGCAGAGGAUGUGGAGGACAGCAUUUACGUAACCAAUGUCCAUUCCGCGAGGCAGCAUGUCAUCAAUGCAGUAAAAAAGGUCACAUUGCGAAGGUUUGCCGAUCGAAGACUGUAGCACAAUCCACUGCGCUAGUACCGACAACAGCAACACAAGUUGCAGAGCAACCAGCUGAACAAGUCGACAGACUACAUCAGUUAAGUAAGGUAUGCGAAGUCAACGAAAUUAAUCCACUGAGUAAGUUAAUGCUAGACGUGGAAAUCGAUGGUCAUAUUAUUCAAAUGGAACUCGAUUCCGGAGCACCUUGCAGUAUUAUCAGUAAAAAAGCAUUACAAUCAAUCAAACCGAAGUUUACGCUACAAAAUACAGACAGACAAUUUGUAAGUUACACAGGUCAUUAUAUCAAAUGUAUUGGUUCAAUUCCGGUUAAUGUUACAAUGGGCUCCACUACAAAGAAAUUAAAUCUUUAUGUCGUUGAUGGCCAGUUGGAUACACUAUUUGGACGUGAAUGGAUUUCUCACUUUACAAAGGAAAUUAACUUUACUAAACUAUUUUCGAGUAAAAUCCAUGCAUUAACUACUGCAUCUCCGCAAUUGUCUCCAAAUCAGAAGGAGCAAUUAGACCAAUUACUUUAUCGCUACAAAGAUAUUUUUAGUGAUGUCGCCGGAACGCUUAAAGGUCCACCGGCCACAGUACAUUUCAAACCAAAUACGGCACCGGUAUUUACUCGUGCACGUGAAGUGCCAUUAGUCUUACGCAACGCUUAUGCAGAGGCAAUAGAAGAAAAGAUUGCAGCGGGAUUCUACGAGAGAGUUGAACAUUCUGAAUGGGCAUCGUCAACGCAUAUUGUGGCAAAAAAGAACGGGAAGCUACGCAUCACCGGAAACUACAAACCAACUCUGAAUCCGCGCAUGAUUAUCGAUGAACAUCCGAUUCCAAAGGUUGAACAUCUUUUUAGCAAGAUGAAGAAUGCGAAGAUCUUUUGUCGUCUAGACAUUACUGACGCAUACACGCAUCUACCAGUCAACGAGAAAUUUAGGCAAGCACUGACACUCAACACGCCUACUCACGGGCUAAUCCGUCCUAAAAGAGCAGUCUACGGAGCAGCUAAUAUACCUGCAAUUUGGCAACGUCGGAUGGAGGCAGUGUUCCAGGGCAUUCCGAAUGUACUCACUUUCUACGACGACAUCUUGCAGACAGUUUCGACAACCUGA